AUGGUUUUCAGUGCCAUGUGGUACCAAGAGAGUCUUCUGGGCCACAGAGGCUCUUUCCUGAAGAACGAGAUCCACCAGCUGGGCUGGGAAUUCUUGUUUGACCCUUUGCGGUUGACUGCAGUGGAUCAUGCCAGCAUCGAACUGGCAGGAGAGGGUCUCAGGACGGUGGCAUUGCUGAAUUUCUUCUCCAUGGAAGAAAGGCCUUAUUCUCAGGAAGAAAAUCACCAUGUCCGCAGGAAUAAGAGAAGCAAAAACAGUGAAGGACCAGAGGGCGCGAGUUCCGCUAAAAAGAAGAAAGGUAAAAGAGCCGGCCCACCUGGACCUCCCGGCCCGCAAGGACCCCCUGGCCCCCCAGGGCCCCAAGGACCCCCUGGAAUUCCAGGGAUCCCUGGAAUUCCAGGCACCACAGUGAUGGGGCCCCCGGGGCCCCCGGGCCCUCCUGGCGCUCAGGGACCCCCUGGGCUGCAGGGCCCUACCGGUACCACAGAUAAAGCAGGACCUCGAGAUGCACAGCCUGCAGUUGUUCAUCUUCAAGGCCAAGGAUCAGCAAUUCAAGUCAAGAAUGGUGGAGUGCUGAAUGACUGGUCUCGCAUCACCAUGAACCCCAGAGUGUUCAAACUGCACACCCGCAGCGGAGAACUGGAGGUACUGGUGGACGGCACCUACUUCGUCUAUAGUCAGGUAGAAGUCUAUUACAUAAACUUCACAGACUUUGCCAGCUACGAGGUGGUGGUGGACGAGAAGCCCUUCCUGCAAUGCACGCGAAGCAUUGAGACGGGCAAGACCAACUUCAACACCUGCUACACGGCUGGGGUUUGUCUCCUCCGAGCGCGGCAGAAAAUCGCUGUGAAAAUGGUCCACGCUGACAUCUCCAUUAACAUGAGCAAGCACACCACCUUCUUCGGAGCCAUUCGGCUAGGAGAUGCACCUGUGUCUUAAAACAACAGAGCGCCUGGCGGGAGAGGCACCCAGGACCCCGCCGUCCUGCCAUCCAGCAGAGUGGCCGGGGGCAAAAUCACUGCUGAGGACUCAAGAGAGGUGAAAGGAUCAGAGAGACUUCGCUGUGGAUGCCACCACACCUGAAAAGAGGGCCACUUCCUGUGGCUUGCAUGGCGGGAACAUUGAAAGUUGGAUGAUGACGUGCCAAACCGAGGGAGGAGGGCAGGCCCACCCCGACACCCACUCCAGACUUGUGGGGAGGGGGUGGUUUCCGACUUCAGAGUUGCACUAGGAAGAACAGCUGUGGUGCAGAGGGGCCAGAGGAAGGGGUCCUCUGGAGGGCUGCUCUGCCCACCCACCCGCCCCAAGCACGCCCAUGGGAGCAUGACCUGUUUGGGGUGGCCUGGGCUUCCCCGCCCCCAAAGCCCAAGGAGCCCUUUCAAAGGAGCUGGGGGUCCUGACGCCAGGGGAGAAGACGGACGUGGUCUUGGCCAGGGAUUCUGGGCAGCGACAGGAACAUCAGGAGAACAAGACCCCUGAGAACAAAAUGAAGGCUUCUCUGGGAAGCCAACCCUUCCCAGAGCUUGUGUUACAAAGGUGCCAGGCAGGGCAGCCCCAAAGCCCCCCUCCCUGUGUUGUGGCUCCAUGCCAGAUAUUCCAGGGCUUCCCUGAGAUCCUCCCUCCAGGGAGGGAUGGGGGGUGAAGCCGUCUUGUAGCCAAGGAGUUCUCGUUUCAACAGGGACAACAUAGACCGGGGGGGGGGGCUGUUCCCAGGGCCUCCUGAAGUGCCUUCAGCAAGGCCACUCUGCCCAGUUCAAACACCUCCACCCCAAGGCAAAGGUCUGGUGGUGACAGGCUUCCUCCCUGGCUCCCUGGCUCGCUUGGGGUCUUUCUGGCUUCACAUGGAGAGAGGAAAAUCUGCCCUGGGUGUCGUGUCCCCAGCCCCAUUUUGCCACCUGCCUCCUGGACUUAGAUGACUGUAGCAGCAAGAACAGAGAAGGGAGAAGGUGUCUGGGGGCUGCUGGAGGGGCUUCCAGCAGCUGCUUCCUUGCUGCUCCUGUUCUGGGCUGAGUCUCAGUCAACCCAAUUGGUGGGAGCACAGCUUGCACCUCUCAUUUGAGGCUGGUCCUUUCCACAGGUAGACUGCUCCUGGGAGAGGGGUGGGCAGCUGCGUUCCAGCGAACAUCCAGACUUUGCAGGCCCAUUUUCAUGGGCUAGAGAACAAGAGAAGGACAAUUUCAUCCCCUUGCAGGGAAAGCUUGCUUCUGUGGCUGUGGAAUGCCCCAGUGGCCAGGGUCUUCGUGCCCCUGGAGCUGUGAAGCAGCGUGCAGCUAAGAGCCAUUCACCUGACCUCUGUGAUGGACCCCAGCGCCCUCCCUGUUACGAUGCGCCUCUGAGGAGGCCAAGCAGAAACCUUCCGACAGGCAGUUGGUGGGAGCCUUUGGUUGGUUCCCUCCUUGAACGAUCCACCCACCCACCUUGCCCUUAUGCUGUGCGAGGUGUCGCCUUUUGUGGCUAUCAAGUCUUUGGCUGGGAGGGGGCACAGGCACCACCUGCCCUCGUGGGCUCCUCACAGCUGUGGGUCCCGGGAGGCACAAUCAGCAGCAGGCUGGGCAUCUCUCCGUUCUCAGUGGUCUCUAUUCUGACGACAGGGUUGCUCCUCUCCACCCUUGCCAGGUCACAGGAGCCUCUGUCAGCUGGUGGAAGAGCUCUUUCUGCAUUUCUAAAGCAAAGAAAGAAAGAAAGAAAAGCAAAGAAA